UUUUUUCGGUCCAGGUGCAGGGAGCGCAAAGAAACCAGCCCUCAGUCAAAGUCGGAGCUGCGUUCGUAAGAACCGCGUCUCGAAGCUUAAUUCUGUGCGGAUAUAACAUUUUUCACACCGGAUUUCAAUUUGAAGGCAAGGUUUCUUCCCCCCCCCCCCUAUUUUUAUUUUUUGUAAAAUAUAAUUCUCAUUGAAUUUUCAGCAAUUGUUUUUCAUUUGGGAGGGGGAACUUUUUUUCCCUGCUGGUUCUCCGCCAGCAAUUUUAAAAGCACUUGUAACUGCAUGCGUAUGAGAGAGUUGCGCUGCGCAAAGGAAUAGACCCAUGGUGGGGUUUGUUUGUGACUUUAAGGAAGCCAUCAUAUGUGUUAUGAAUCGGGACCUAAGGAUCCGAGGUCUUCUACCUAAACCAUACCCUUCCAACCUGCAGAAAUGGGUGCCGUUGAAGGUAUAGGAGUACUUCCUUGGAGUCCGCCUAAUGCCACUUGGUCCGUCUCCUCCAACUCAUCACCGCCGAUGCCUUACGGGGAACCUCACGACUCCUUCGACGAGAUGCUGGUCACAUCGCUACUUGGGACGGUCCUGAUCGUGAUGUGCGUGAUCGGCCUGGCUGGUAACAUUUAUACCCUUGUGGUUAUGAACGUUUCGCUGAGGAUGACCGGUUCCAUGUACGUAUACAUCGUCAAUUUGGCGCUGGCUGACUUGCUGUACUUGUCAACCAUCCCGUUUGUCGUGUGCACCUAUUUUGCGAAAGACUGGUAUUUCGGAGACAUCGGGUGUCGGGUCAUUUUUAGCUUGGACUUCCUCACCAUGCACGCCAGUAUCUUCAUCCUUACCAUCAUGAGUACGGAGCGGUAUUUAGCGGUGGUGAACCCUUUGGACACCUUAGGGAGAUCCAGAAAGUACAGGAGGACAGUGACCUGUGCGGUCUGGCUGGCUUCCUUCUUGCUGGCGCUUCCCACAAUGAUAAUGAUCGAUCUGAAAAGUAACCUCCGAAACGGAGUCCUUAAACGCAUGUGCCACCCGACGUGGCAGAUCAAAGCUUAUAAGAUAUAUCUGACUGUGCUAUUUAACACUUGCAUCUUAGCUCCCGGCUUCAUCAUCGGUUAUCUAUACCUCAGACUGGCCAAGACAUACUGGUUAUCACAAUCUACAGUUCAUGCAACAAAGGCUGCAAAUCGGUGUCCCAAGCAGAAAGUGUUUUACAUGAUUUUUAGCAUCGUACUCGCCUACUGGGCUUGUUUUUUACCUUUUUGGUUGUGGCAGCUACUGAGCAUAUACUACUUUGGCCAUGGAGACCUGUCACAUCGGACUAUGGUAUACGUCAACUUCGUGGUGACAUGCCUGGCGUAUUGCAACAGCUGCAUCAACCCUUUUCUGUAUACGCUGCUGACGAAAAAUUAUAAAGAGUACGCGAGGGGACGGCAGAAGAGCUUUUCUGGGUUCGGGUGGAAAUUCAGACAUGCCUCACAAAGGUCAGUGUCCUCUGGGAGUCAAGUCACUGAUACGCUGACCAUCGCGCAGCUAAACGGCGGUCCGGACGGCUCUAGUGUGUAGAGCGAUGCUUCAGACGGACACUUGUUGAGCACGAAAUCACGGCAUUGUGAUUCGCGCUUAAGUCUUUCCUGUACGAUAAAAACAACAUGCAUAUUAAGCUAAUUUAUAAUUUUAUGUAAAGAGGGAAAUUUCAAAUGUAAAUACUUGAGGCGGAUCUUACCAAUACCCGUGUAAAUUAUGGUAUUUUCCAGCGCCUCUGUAUGCUCCUAUUUGUCAAAACCAAAAAGUAUAUAUCAUUAUAUUACAUAUAAUAGUAACCUGACUCUUUAACACAUGCCAGAAUGUAACUAAAUGUUACAUGAUUGUGGUUCAAAUAAACAGUUAAAGAAAUAAAGAGAAAA